GUUGCCGGGGGUUAAAGCCGUUGGCAGAGCCGGAGCAGCUGCCUGCCCCUUCCCUGGGCUUUGCCUCUCGUUCCCGGUCCCUUGUGUCCCUUCCUGCCAAGGAAACCAUCUCCACGGCAACCUCAAACCUCGGGGCUGUGCCUCGGAGCUGCUCAGCCGUCCCCAGGACCCCGGGCAGGAUGAAGCUGCUGGGGGCCGUGCUGGUGGCGCUGUCCCUGCUCCUGCCGGGGGCCUGGGCCAGCGAGGCCUCCCGGACCUGCAUCUUCCAGACCCUCAGCGAGGCCGACCACGAGUUCUGCCGGGGGGAUUUGGAAAUCAUCUACCCCGAGGUGGGCGACGUGAGCUGCUCCUACAUCCCCAAGUGCCACGGCUACCGCCACAAGCUCAGCGACGAGUGGGGCAAACCCCGCGUGCGCUACCCCUGGGCCAAGAAGAACAAGAAAUACGUCCUGGUGAUGGUGGACCCCGACGCUCCCAACAGAGAGAACCCCCGGCUCCGCUUCUGGAGGCACUGGCUGGUCACCGACAUCCCAGGCUCGGAUCUGAGGGUUGGGAAGAUCAAAGGGAAGGUCCUGACAGAAUACAGCCGGCCCAAGCCCGCCCGCUACAGCGGCUACCACCGCUACCAGUUCCGCCUGUACCGGCAGUCUCAGCACCAGACCAUCUCCCUGAGCUCCGAGGAGCAGCAAUCGCUGGGCACUUGGGACCUGAAGGAUUUCGUGGAGGAUUUUCACCUGGGCCACCCCGUGGCCGCCACCCAGUUCCUCACCAAAAACUGCAAGGAUUAACUCCGGCCAUCCCACCCAUGCCCUGCACAUCCCCACAGCCCAGAGCCACCCCUGCCUGGAGCAGAGGGGACCCCAGACCCACCGAGGAUGAGCCCACCCUGCUCCCAGCCCACAGCCCCAACCCCUCCCCUGCCACAGCCAAGUUGUCUCUCCCUCUGGGGAUCCUCCCAGCUCGCCUGGUUAUCCCAGGAAUUUUGGCAUCUCCCCUUCUCCCCCCUUCACCCCGUUUCUGACUUGACCCCUUGCAUGUCCCCCUGGCACUUUGGGGACUCGGAGUUUGGUGCCUGAAUAAAGUUUGGAUGGAGCA